AUGCAGACCGAUCUGCGAACGAUUAUGAAUAUGAAAUUCAUUGACCAUGAGUUUGUUCAGUUCUUCUUAUACCAAAUCAUGAGAGGACUGAAAUACGUUCAUUCAGCGGGCGUGAUACACCGCGAUCUUAAACCUGAAAAUAUCCUAAUCAAUGAGAAGUGUGAACUCAAGAUAUGCGAUUUCGGACUGAAUCGAGUCCAUGAUCCUCAGAUGACGGGUUACCUUUCAACUAAAUACUACCGGGCCCCAGAGAUCAUGUUGACCUACCAGAGCUAUGGUGAACAGGUCGAUAUCUGGAGCGCAGGAUGCAUCUUUGCGGAAAUGCUACAAGGGAAGCCUGUUUUUGCAGGAAGUGACCAUAUGGAUGAGCUCUGUGCCAUUACACAGCUGCUUGGAACACCCGAUGAGGAAAUUCUAGCCAGGAUAACCUCAAAGAGUACCAUGAACUUGCUUCAAUCACUCCCUCAGCGUGAGGCUGCGGGUAUCUCAAGUGUGUUCUCUGGUGGCGAUCCAAAAGCACUCGAUCUCCUCAAACAAAUGCUCGUUUUCGACCCGUACGGCAGGAUUUCUGCAUCUGGCGCUCUUGCCGCUCCGUAUCUUGCCUCCUAUCAUGACCCCGCAGAUGAACCUGUUGCUAGAGAAACAUUCGAUGAGACAUUCAACGGAGAUCACCGUUUUGAUGUCUCCUGGAAGCAGAAGCUGUACGCUGAGGUACUAGAAUAUCAUAAACAAUCAGAGGCUCGGGAGCGUGUCAGAAAAUGGACUCAGAGCGUCUCGAUAGCUCAGAACUGA